AAAAAAAACAAUACACAAAAACAUUUUUAGUGUAAACUUAACUUAUUUUUUUAUUUUAUAAGUGGUGAUUUAGUGACAAAAUGAGUGCUAGAAGUGUGUUUCUGUUUGUGAUAUUGUGUUGUGUAAACAUCCGGGCUCAGCGGCAGCCGGAUAUAUCCCCUGGAUUACCGGAUAAAGUUGAUCGUCCGGAUAUUUAUCCGGAAAGCCUUCCCCCUGGUGGGGUACCAGUAGAGUAUCGUGAUGUACAUCAUCAUUUGAACUCACCGUCUCAUAGAAUGCCUUCGUUUGUGGUGCCUCCUGAUUAUCCUGAUGAUUUGGAUAGUUACCCAACUGGAAUACCACCGUAUGGGUCAAGACCUGACUAUGUAGAUGACCCUGGGCCUGGGCCAGACUUACAGCAUCCAGUACAGCAUGCAGGUCUUCCAAGGAAGUUGGAGGUCUUUCCUCUCCCACGGAAGGAAGAACAUGAGCUCAAGUUUAAUGUAUCAUGGAUACCUUCUAUGGGAGCACCAGCAACGGACUACUCCUUGGAAGUAAGGAGUGUGACAGACACAAUAGACUGUCGGUCACAAAUGUGCUAUGAAUACAACAUUCCUGGGCAAAUGACGUGGUGGGUGAUACCAUCAGUCACGAACCCCGUAGAUGAGCAGUGCGCCAUACGCCCCGGUUGUGCCUACAUGGUGAGACUGAUCGCACAUCCCUGGGACGGGCACACCUCCGCUAAUCUACAUGUAGAACUGGAUGAAUGCGUGGUAGGAGUAUGUUCAUGUGCUUACCGCCUUCGCCUUCCUGAACCCUCGGUUACUGCUCAGACUGUUAUGGUAAACGGUGAAAUGUUUGCCAAUAUAAGUUGGACUCUGCCUAAACCAAGUUUCCCUCAAAGACUGCCGUCCCCUAAGUUGGGCAAGAAAAGCUAUGUGGUCAGCCUAGGGAAACAGAUGGUGUCAGAUGCCCAUCCAUCUCCUUGGUACGCGAAUAUCAUCGCCCGUACCGUUGACGCUGACGGCCUAGUAGCUAACGGUGACACCACCCAUUCCUUGCUGCUACCAGCCAGCGAACUCAGUGCUGAACGUAGCGAUGAGCGGAGCGGGGACGAAGAGCGGAAAAAACGGCCGCGACACUUCGCCCCCAAAGUAAAAUUGUUAGCUAGAGUCACAUUGAUAGAUGAGAGAGGUUGCAACGGGCCUGCUGGAAACGCUACCGCUUAUGAUCCAGCGGCUGCAACCACUAGCAAAUUUUCUUUUGGAACCUAUGCGAUCCUAGGCGCCUUACUUGGCGCUUGGGCGAUGGGUGCAGUAUUCGUUUUGAGCGCUCGCGUAGUAAAACGCGUAUUGAAGUCAUUCCGCCCCGCUCCUGUCUCCGCUCCGCUUGAGCCACUGCGUCGUAGGCCUGCCUGGUUUCCGCUGCAGCUGCGUGGCAAUAAUGAAAUACCAGUGAGAGGUCAAAUGGAAGAGAGUCCAUUGUACACGCAGAAAAAAUUUGAGAUUGAAGACGAAGGUGAUGAAUGGGAAGUAAGCAGGUCUAGGGUGCACCUUGGAGCUCUGAUAGGAAGUGGAGCCUUCGGCAGAGUGCAUGCAGCUCAGCUGGAUAUGCCUGGAGGAGAAACUAUUACUGUAGCUGCAAAAAUGCUCACAGAGGAAGUGUCUGAAGAGGAAAUGCAGGACUUUUUACGGGAGAUAGAAAUGCUCAAACAUGUUGGUUCUCAUAAGCAUGUUAUAAGGUUAAUAGCUUGCUGCACCAAGCGGGCACCACUCAUCGCGCUCUUAGAACACGCACCAAGAGGGGAUCUCCUAUCCCUCCUCAGAGCGGCGAGAGGAAGAAAGAAAGAUAUUGAACUCUCCAACUCGACAAGAAGAGUUGAUAGUUCCCAAGGAAGGCCAUCCGAAGGAGACUCUGAAUACACGAACCUUAGUGAUUCGGAUCCUGCUCUCUCGGAAGGCGAUGGCAAGUUGUAUAUAGAUAGUGAUAAGAAAAAGGACCAUUAUGUAGCUGAACCUGCCCUGCAACUAGAUGGCAGCACUAUGAGAGAAUAUGCACUACAAGUUGCCUUGGGCAUGAGGCAUUUAGAGGAAAGAGGGAUAACGCACAGGGACUUGGCCGCCCGGAAUAUACUAGUAGACGGUUCUGGUCUACUGAAGGUAGCAGACUUUGGUCUAUCAAGGUCUGGUGUGUAUGUACACACGAGAGCCAGGCCUGUGCCCCUUCGAUGGCUGGCUCCGGAAGCCAUUUUGCAUUCCCAAUAUUGCAGUGCCAGCGACGUCUGGGCAUUCGCUGUUUUGUUGUGGGAAAUCGCAACAUUAGGUGGCUUCCCAUACGCUGAGCUGAGUAAUCACCAAGUUCCUCCCUUCUUAGCUGGUGGUGGCCGUCUUCCGAAACCAGUGAGAGCUUCGACUAGGCUCUACCAGCUCAUGGUGGAAUGUUGGUCCGAGAACCCAGCCGACAGACCAACAUUUGCCAACAUUGUUGAUAAGUUAACAGUCCAGAAACAAUUAUAUGUGGACUUGGACUGUGUGUUUCCACCUUCAGAAGACGAUCUCGGAUUAAGAGACUUUGAUUUCAAUAUGGCUGGCACAAAUGGUUAUCCUUACCGGUGAUUGGUCAUUGUUACACUAAAGACUGAAUAUUUUUUUAAUGUUAUAAUUAUUAUCACCUAAUUUGCACAUUACACUUGUAUGAUAUUA